AUGGAUAAUAUAACACAGUUAUACAGCAAUGGUGAUGUAUAUGUGUUAGGAAAGGGCGAAACAAUGUAUCACUUCACUAACACAACCCAGAUCAGAGCGGACGAUAAGAUUCGAUACACACCGCCGAAAUCGACACAGCAAACACUCAGCAGACAAUACGGAUUUGCGCCCAGACUACGAAACACGAAAAAACUGCGUCGCAAGCUUACGCGUGAAGCAACGCGACAACCAAUGCCGCGCGCCCCAGCGACGUACAAGCAUUUCGCGGCUCUGCGAGGCGCAAAUCAGCAGCUGCUUAGCAGACAGUAA